ACAAACGUCAGCGGAUGUUACAAUCUGAAAGCUCCGCACUUAAAAUCGGUCGUGGCUGGACUUCGCCGACAUUAUUUGAAAUUUUAGGGUGACCAACGAGACAACGGCACAAACAUUGAUACCGUGAUGUACAAAAUGUACAGUGAGAAUAUGGCGUUUGGGGAACCAUAAACAUGUACCAGUAUCUUUAUCAGUCAGCUAGGAGUCGCUGCAUCUGAAUUUUAACAGCUGAAUAUAUUUGCAAACUGCUGAGCUAGGGUUGUUCUGUAUCGAGACCAGUCUCUUUACAGCAACAUAACUCGCACAAUGGAUUCUCGAAGACGUCAGCCUCUACAAGUACAGCAGCUGUCCGUGCAGCACCCCUUGGGGUACGGGCCGGUGGGAGGUGUGACAAAUGUUGUUGGAGGUAUCCCUGGAGUUACCACCAUUGUAAUUGGAGACUCCCAGAUAAAUAUAGGAUCAUCGGGUUCCGCCACAGUGUCAGACACCACAGACAAGAGAUGGCGCCAGCAGACAACCAUUCCCACGGAGACCCGUGCGGGCUGUUGUGGGCUGUUAUCCGCCUGUGCUCUCAUUAGCCUUUGUAAUAGUGUAGUUGCCUUCAUGAUCAGCGGUGAGAGUCAGUUGUUUGCCUGGGUCUUCGAGCAGAUUGGUAUAGCGGAUCAGGUGAAGAAGGACCUGUCAGAUUGGGGCGAACACCAGGACCAGAUCCAACUGGCCUUCACUUGUACUCGGAUUCUUUCCGUGGUAUUGGCGUCCAUCGUGCUGGUGAGAUUUGAGUACAGAAUUGUUGCCUUUGUUUCGUCGACUGUGCUUGGCAUCAGCAUUCUCAUCACGUCUUUCCUGGAUUCUUCACUCGUCGUUCUCAUCGGUUUCCUUGUUGGUGGCGUUGCAGGUAUCGCCUCCGGGUUCCUACAUAUGUGUGCCAUUUUACCUGUGUUGGAACAUUUUGAUGACGGAAUCUUCCGCGCACUGCACGCCGUCCAUCAGGGCGAGACAGUCGGUUAUGUCGUUUGUGCCUUGAUGCGGAUGGCAACCGAUAAUUCUUGGCGAUCGCUCUUUCGGUGGCAGCUUUUGCCAAUGGCCGUUGCAUUCGGAUCAGCGUUUGCUCUUACUCCUGCCGAGUUUCAUGACAGCACCAUAAUCUUGAGAGGUACAAACGAACCGGCAAAGACUAAGCGAAAACUCGCAUGGAACAUAUUCAAACACCCUGCCUUAUAUCUGUUGAUGGUGUGCUUCCUUUUCCAGCGUAUAGGCUUUGGAUACCUGGAUGAACAAGCUGGGAUUCUACUAAACAGUAGUCUGUACCUGGUUCUGUUUUAUCUUGCACAAUGGUUAGGUCCUAUCGUCAUGUUCUCUAAGCGGUGUGUGGCAGGUUACCUCCCCCAUGUCAUCCUGACGGCAUUCAGUCUAGCAGCUGGUGUGUACACGUUAGCAGUACCCAAAGUUGAUCAUUCAGAUGGACUGAUCAUCUUGUUUAUCAUAAUCGUUGGCGUCGCUGUAGCCACGACAGAAUCGCUUCGGGAUGUCAUCUUGACAGCCCAGUUCCUUAAGGAGCAAUACUGCCUGGCUUUUGGUGUGUUGUACACGUGCUCGGGAAUAGGAGAGAUUAUAGUGUCAGCGACAGAAGAAGGAAAGGAAGCCGAUGUUUAUGGUGACAUAAAUCUGGAUACGUUUACUUUGAACGUGUCUGGUUCCCUAAUCAUCGUGUCAGCUGCUUUUGUUUGCGCAGCUGCAGUUGUCUACAGUAAGAUUGGGUUCCCGCGUGAUGGGGAUUGUUUCAUCCCCUGCUGUAACCUUAGAGGAAGGUUUACCCGUCUAAGGAAUGAGGAGGAGGUCAAUGAUGGUGAAGGAAUUCUCCAAGAGGAAGUUCUUCCAUUCAGUGAUCCAGAGGAUAUUUCUUACGGAAGCACACCUGGUGUUGUUGCUGUCCAGGGGGAUGCGCAGUUACAGUAACAACUAUAGCUGCCAUAUAUUAAAUUUUUCGGGCAAUUGAGUUCUUUAAACUCUUGGUAGAUUGAACUUGUUAUGAGCGUUGAAUGGAUUAUACUAGGGUGCUACUUUCGUCUGUUUUUUUUAAAUACAAUUACUGAAGUCACAUUUUACACUGCCACUCUAGACUGUCACCUGGAGAUUUCAUUGUAUGGUGCAUUGUAAGCCAAUAUUUACAUAUUAUAUUAUGCAUGCGAUUUUCAAAACUGUCACUCCAACACAUGGACUUUUACAUACGAUUUAACAUGGAGUCGUUAUGUCACACUCUUGUUAUUUUGAGACAGUUUUGUAGAGAAAACAAACAGCCAGGUACUGCCAUUGACCAGAGACAUGUAUAAAAGAGGUUUCUAAAUUGAUAAGGUUGACAUGGAGACAAAAUAGUGUCUACUUUAGAAUUCGUAUAGUUGAUGUCAGUUGGGCGUAUAUGGUUUAAACGCAAUAGUCAGUCAUUCAAUUAUAUAUUUUAAGUUGGAGUCAAAGCGUUCGCACUCAAUGAGCUUUGAGCAAAAUACAUUUUUUAUGCAUGUGAUGUUUUUUCAUUUUGCUUCAGGGAUAUAAAACACUGUCACUCUGAAAUGUUUUUCAGAGUGCAAUAUCAUACAGAAAUAUCAUACAGAAAUGUUUAGGUCGAAUCCUCGUCGUUUCUUUAUGUCAAAUUAUUUGAUCAAUUGGAAAUCGGCAAUAAUAUGAUUAAGGUUGAAGGUAUGAAGUUUGCCGUCUGAUUGAAUUGGUAGUCAUAGAAAUACGACUAUACUCAUGUAUAAAAAUGGCCCGCACCGACAUUUGGCGAAACAAUUUGUUUAAAGAGUAGAUCAAUCCACCCAGAAUGUUGAACUAAUGUUUUGCCAUGUUUAACAUAGAUAUAAGCUUUCUUUGAAAGGGAGGCGUCUCGGUCCCUAAAAUGUUAGCAUGUGUAUUCUGAUAUGAACAAAGUUGAUACUUAUCCCUUGGUAACCAUAUCAGCCGUAUUAGUACACGUAUUUACUGAUUGAAAAUCAUCCAUUAACAUUUCUGAUGAUAAACAACACUGAGGCAUAUGUAUUGCUGAUUUCGGGAUGACGCUAAUUUCAUCACACUGUGACAGAUUUGUAUAACGUGGUUUUGUGAUAAAACGGUAGAAAUGGUGACGAAACUAGACCAAAAACUGAUCUUGACUGUCGUUGUUUGAUUUUGUUUUCUCCUCUCCAUGGUUUCAUGAUUACGUAAAGAGGGAAACAAUUUAAUUGUUUUCGAUUGGGAAACAUUCGGGUGUUUUGGAUGAUAACAUUUUGGUGGUUUGAUUUAAGGGUAGAAUUACGGGAACAUCUAUUUUAAAAACUUUGUCUACAAUCACAAUUUUUACUUGCAUGCUAUAUCACAAAACGUUUAUUUCUGAUGUCAUUUACUCGUAUCAUUUAAUUAGCUUUUACGUUAUUGACUCGUGUCAUUUGAUCAACGUUUACAGUGUAAAUUAUAGACUCAUAUACUUAAUUGGCAUUUAUGUUAUUGACUCGUGUCAUUUGAUCCACGUUUACAGUGUAAAUUAUGGACUCAUAUACUUAAUUGGCAUUUAUGUUAUUGACUCGUGUCAUUUGAUCCACGUUUACAGUGUAAAUUAUGGACUCAUAUACUUAAUUGGCAUUUAUGUUAUUGACUCGUGUCAUUUGAUCCACGUUUACAGUGUAAAUUAUGGACUCAUAUACUUAAUUGGCAUUUAUGUUAUUAACUCGUGUCAUUUGAUCCACGUUUACAGUGUAAAUUAUGGACUCGUAUACUUAAUUGGCAUUUAUGUUAUUGACUCGUGUCAUUUGAUCCACGUUUACAGUGUAAAUUAUGGACUCAUAUACUUAAUUAGCAUUUGUGAUUGACCCGUGUUAUUUAAUGUUUAACAAGUAUA